UUUUCGUAUAAUUUUCGUACAGAGUACAGACUAUGUCCACUAGUACAGGAAAUAUUUCUCGUUUCGUUCGAACCGAAGUUCCUUAUUUGAAGAAUUAUAAAGCGUAUAUAGGAGGAAAAUGGAAGUCCGCAGCAAGCAAUACAACGUUCCCUGUAUAUAACCCUGCCAACGGCGUCAAACUAGCGGACGUUUCUAAUUCUGGUGAAGCUGAUGUUAAAGAUGCCGUUCAAGAAGCUGCACAAGCAUUUCAAAGUUGGAAAAAGAAAACAGCGAAGGAAAGAAGUCGUCAUCUUCAAAAAUGGAACAAUCUUCUCAUGGAAAAAAAGGAAGAUAUUGCAAAAAUAAUGACAUUGGAACAGGGAAAACCUUUGGCAGAAGCCAAAGGGGAACUGAUUUAUGGUGCUUCAUUUAUUGAAUGGUUUGCUGAAGAAGCAAAACGAGUUUAUGGUGACAUCAUCCCAGCUCCAGUGGCCAACACAAAAGUUAUUGUGAUGAAACAACCUAUUGGAGUAGCAGCACUUUGGACUCCAUGGAACUUUCCCUUGGCCAUGUUGACUCGUAAAGCUGCAGCUGCCCUUGCUGCUGGAUGCACUGUGGUCUGCAAGCCUGCAGAAGAUACACCACUAACUGCAUUGGCACUGGCUCAGUUAGCAGAAGAAGCAGGCAUUCCUGCAGGUGUGUUUAACAUAGUGCCUUGUUCACGUGAUAAUGUUGAUGAAGUCACUGAUGUUGUCAUGGAAAGUAACUUGGUUACAAAAUUUUCAUUCACUGGAUCAACUGUUGUUGGAAAGUUGUUAUUGAGGAAAUGUGCAGACACUGUGAAGAAGGUUUCUGUUGAGCUUGGAGGGAAUGCUGCGUGUAUUGUGUUCAACAGCGCUGAUGUUGACCUCGCUGUGAAGGGGAUUAUGUCAGCCAAGUUUAGAAAUACCGGACAAACGUGCAUCUCGCCUAAUAGAAUUUUUGUUCAAGAAGGAAUUUACGAUCAUUUCUCGAAAAGAUUAGUGGAAGAAAUGAAACGUUUGAUUGUUGGAGAUGGUUUAGACAAAAGCUCAAGUCAGGGACCUUUGAUUAAUGAAAAGGCGGUGAUAAAAGUUGAAAGACAUAUUAAAGAGUCUGUAGAACAAGGCGCUAAAGUAAUCUGUGGUGGAAAUAGACUAAAUGAACUGGGUGGGACGUUUUUUGAACCCACGAUCCUCACAGAUGUUACUAAUGAAAUGCCUGUGAGCCGCGAGGAGACCUUUGGGCCGAUAGCUCCACUUUUAAAGUUUGAAAACGAGGCCGAAGCCAUUGCAAUGGCAAACGCGACGUUUUCUGGACUAGCUGGAUAUUUUUAUUCCCAAGAUUUUAAACAAAUAUGGCGAGUGGCCGAAGCAUUGGAUGUAGGGAUGGUUGGAGUGAAUUCUGGGCUUCUUUCGUCCGAGGGGUCGCCGUUUGGAGGAAUGAAACAGUCUGGGAUUGGAACUGAGGCAUCCAAAUACGGAAUUAAUGAAUAUAUUGAAUUGAAAUCUGUCAGUUUUGGAGGAAUGUAAACAUAAUGGCAACGUGGUAGUAUUGGUCUGAAGUGGUAAAUGUUUCUGAUAGAGCCAGCAGGCGUUAAGAUAAAACUGUUAAAAAUAUGUACGAUGUAUCUAGCUAUUAAAAUAUUAUGUAUAAAGGGUCCCCUGACGAAGGCCUUUAGGUCGAAACGUCGAGAAGUGUUUCUGUCUAUUUUUAGCAGUUGUUAUACCAUAUUUGAUGCGAAGUAGUUUGAAGACGCUUCUACGAUGCUUCCUGGUUUUAUUGGAACAUAUAUUUCAUUUAAGGCUUGCCAGACAGCGAUCCUCUUUGUCGGUGACCAUUGAGACAUAAAAUGUUUUGUCCAUCGGAAAUGACCCUUCAGGCUACAUCAUUGGACUCAGACUAUGUCGCAAAGUGUCGGUUCUAAGCAUAGAUAUCUAUGUUUCUAAGUUGCAGUGAACCACACUAUGAGUCUCUAUCAUCUCUGUAAUUAUCUUACAUGAGUUACCAACAGAUUUCAAAAUAGCGUCUAACAUGAGUAGGACUUGGAAGUUGGAACAACCUCGCAGGCCAGGCUUUUCUACCCACACGCGUGAAAAUCGUCAUGUCGAUGCAAGUUGUUAAAAACAGGAGUGAACAAUGUUGUGCUG